AUGGAUGAUCAAACAAGCGCUUUUACCUAUGACAACGGCUUCUUCGAGUCAUCAGGGGUGGGAGAUGAUGAUGUUAUCCUCACCGCUAUCGACGCAUUGCCGCCCCCCGAUGCUAUGAGAAUCGACGACGACAUAUGGACAAGCAACAAUGCCAUCGACCAUCACGGAAGCAACAUCCUUGCGACGACAUUUCGUGACGAGUUCUCUGUUGAGGCCAAUGUUCAGGGUGCUGACUCGUACCGCGAGACUCUCGCGGACACGUUUUCGUGCGAAAAGUCUGACCGUGAUUACGUCGCACCUGUGAGCAGGAACUUCUCCGAGAUCGAGCCUAAAAUCAACGACGAACGGAAUUCGGCCGAACCGGAUACCGCAACCUCGCCGGUUGGCAUGACCGAAAAUCUUGAUUUCAAAGAUUCAGAGCUUGGAAUUAGCCAGGAUCCCGUGUGUACGUCGGCGCUUGAUGAGUGUCCUGUGAAGGCCACACCUGUGGCCGAUUUUCUGGCCUGCGAAGCUGCUCAGGAUAUUCAAGGCGAGGCCGAGAGGGCCGAGAAGGCCGAGAACGACUCGGUUGAAGCAGCUCUCGAAGGCAAAAAUCCCGCUUCAGAUGUUGUCUGUCCUUCUUCGCCUCGUCGCAACAUCUGUCGCUCAAUGCGACCUUCUCGUGACGUCCAUCCCAUCGACGACUCUCUGUCCUUUGUAUCUGCCAAGCGGAGGCACGCCCCGUCACUUCAACCUUCUCGUGGCGUUCAGCCAAUCAUGAGCCAGACGCUUGCUCUGUCGGUUGUCAUUGAAGUCGCCAGUGGUCCCCGUGCCGCUCUUCCGAGAGUCGCAGAGUCGACUGCGUUAGACUUUUCGUUGGAGAGUGUUCAUGUGCCACGUCCUGAAUCUCGGAAGCGUGCGGCAGCGAAGGAAAUCUUGAAAGAAGCCAAGAGGGUUAGACAGUCUGAUGAAGAAGACGCUCAAAUUUUCGAAUACGACUACGGAUCAGUCCAGCGGAAAUGCACCGAUCUUGAGCGUGACAUCGAUGACCUAGACAUUCAGCUCAGGAGAGAAGCUAAGGCUCUACAACGUAGAUUCAGAAAGGAAGCCCAAGAGGCCGAAGAUUGGUUCAAAAAACACUAUCGCGACAUAGCCGAGAAAUUCCAACCAGAGGUCCACGAUCUGGAAGACAAGCUUCAGUCGACUACGGAGGCCUUGCAGCAGCAGUUGGACACGUUCAAGGUUGAUCUCAGAGACGCAGGACUUGUGAAUCUCGAUGCAUAG